AUGAAAAGACAAGCAGGAGUUAAUCAACUUGGUGGUAUAUUUGUUAAUGGUCGUCCAUUACCUGAUCAUGUACGUCGAAAAAUUGUCGAAUUAGCAUUAAAUGGUAUUCGUCCAUGUGAUAUAUCACGAAAAUUACUUGUUUCACAUGGAUGUGUUUCGAAAAUUUUAACGAGGUUUUAUGAAACUGGUUCUAUUCGACCGGGAUCUAUUCAUGGACGACAAUCAAAAAAAAUAAAUACUUGUCAAUCAAAUGAUGUUGAAAAAUUAUUAGAAGCUCGAAAUCAUCAAGCAAAUUUAUUAUGUGUAUUACAUCAUUAUAAUCAAGUUUUUCGCCAACAAACGAUAAAUUCACCAUUGGAUGAUGACAUUUCAAUUGAAACAAAUUCAUCGUCAUCAUCAUCAUCAUCAUUAAUUAAACAUUCAAUUGAAAAUAUUUUAUCAAAUCAAAUGACAAAAAAAAAUAAAAAUUUAUCAAUUGAUGAUCAAGCGAAUAAUAAACGACAAAAACUUUUUCCUUGUUAA